AUGGUCGAGCAGCCAGAGCAACCAGAGCCGGAAGAUGUACCUUUGAUCGACCUCCUUGGUGGACCCAAGCGUAUCAAAGACUACCAGCAGGCUUCUCUCAGGGUUGGGCAGCGCGUCUCUGAGAUGCUGCGUGCGGGCGAAGCGGCGGCGGCGCAGCCAGCCAUCUUCCAGGGCAUGGGAAUCGAGAAUAUGCUGAAGCUCGCCACUGGAUUCAAAAAGAGCUUUGAUGAGCUGUGCACCAAGCUGAAACACAAGCUGCACCAACAUGUCUCACAAACUCCAGGAUACGGUGUUGAGUUUUGCUCAGCGGCCAUCAAAUCUGUGGCAUCUGCUGCAAGCAAAGUGAACACUGAAUACCACGGAGAUUGCCGACAAUUGAAGGAUGUGGUACGUGGAACCUUAGUGAUUACCUGUGAACACAUUAGCGACCAGACCAUUGGAGUGGCCUACGACUUGCUCGAAGUCUUGGUGAGUUCUGCAGAUGAGCUGCGUGAUUUCAAGGCACACUUUACCCGUUUCUCCGACCGAUACCAACGGCCUGUGGGACCUUCCAAGUACCGAGACUGGCUCUUCUUGCUAAAGAUCAACGACUUUAUUUGUGAGUUGCAGGUGAACUUUAAGAAAGCCGUGGAAGUGAAGCAAGAUGUGCAGCACGACGUCUAUGAGAAGGAACGCCUUGGUACCCGGAAGCUCUUGGAAGCUACAAUGAUGAAUGACGAGAACAUGGUUCGCAUCCUCCUGUCCACGGACAUUGAUACCAAGCAUUUAGUUGGAGCAAGGGACUGUCAUGGCUUCACUCCCUUGCACUAUGCUGCCCGGCACGGUUCCCGAAGGAUGAUCGAACUCCUUUUGACAGCUUUCGCGGAUGUGGCUGCCAUGGACUGCGAGGGCAACCCACCGUUGUACCAUGCAGUUAUGAUGGAGCAUGCAGAUGCGAGUUCACUAUUGCUGGAGCAGAUGAUGAAGCUGCAAAAGAACUGGAAAGUGCCUGGAUUGCAGAAUUCUCUUCAAGCCAUUUGGGGAGCCGUUUUUCAUUCAACUGUGGAAGAGAUGAGGCAGCUAGCGGGAAAUGUAGCUCUCCUUGCCCAGAAGUCAUACUCAUCAGCAAUAUCUCACCUUCAUGGGAUAGUGCAUUCGGGAGACACGCUGGCGAUGCGCGCCGCUAUCAAAACAAUGCCUUACUCCUGGCAAGCAGUGGGUUGGCUACACCCCUUGUUCGACAAGCAGACUGCCAUCAACUGCGGAUUGGCUGAUCGGGCAAUUUUGAGUGGCUGCGUGGAUAUGGCACAGAUGGUGAAAGAUCAUGGAGCAGAAAAAGGAUUUCCUGUAUCAUCACAAAUGCAAAGCUCUGAUCUGCCUCUUGUAGGGCAUGAUGAGAUCGAGGAACUCCACAGGCUGGUCGCACGUGGCGACAUCGGUCAAUUUCGUGCUGCCCACAUGCUUCAGCACCGAGAUCCACAAGAGCUGGCCAAUCUUCUCAUGACAGCCUGUCAGUUUCGGCAACUGGAAAUGGCAUACACCAUUUGGAGAACGAAUGAAGAGAUUGGCCAAGUCCUUGAUGGCAACAACAGGAAGGCCUUGGCAGAAUUGGGGGGAGACGCAGCAGCCCUAGGGCAUGUGGAUUUUGUCCGCUUGGUCAUCGAAGCUCACGUGCCACUGAACCACAUAUCCGAGCUGACAGGGAGGUCCAUGGUUGAAAGAGCGGCUUUAACAGGUCAGCUAGAGAUCAUCAGUGCAUUGGCGGAUGCCAAUGCCUCAGUUGGGUGUGACGCUCUUUCCUUUGCACUCUUCUAUGGGGAGGCCAAGGCAGCAGAGCUCCUGAUCGAAAAGGGUGCAGACCCUCAUCAAGAGUUCGGGCCAACGGGACUCCAUGGUCCCCUGACUCAAGCUAUAGGCAGCAAUCGGCCAGAAAUGCUGCAGUUGCUCGCAGAACGAGGUGUAGACGUCGCCAGUGAAGAGUCACUUCAAAUGGCUGCAGCGCUUCAAGCCCAGGAAUCACUGGCCUUCCUACAGCAGAAACUUGCCGAAAGGAACUCCUAG